AUGCCCAAAUCCCCCUUUCAAGACCCAGAGGCGUCUUUCGACGCUUCUGACGCCGAAUCCGUCAUGAACCUGCCGCAACUAAACGUCAGGCCGAGACCGUCGUUGCGUUUUGCCUUGCCCAAACGCAGUGGCACGAAGAAACUGAAAAAUUCCUCCAAUUCUCCCCAAAUCUCGUCUCCCUUUGCUGACUCUGCAGACACAUUUGACGACGACGUGCCGAUUUCGCCGCUCUCGGCCUCUUUCAACGAAGAAAUGCCCAUGAAACGACUCAGAUGGGGCACUACUAGACAUCCAACGGGAAAACCCAAAAAGGAAGCCAUUGGACGGUCCAAGACGCUCAGACAGGUGCUUCGCUCGAAACUGAGACGAGCAAAGUCCCCAGAGACGGCGGCCUCGGAAAAUCUGGAAAUGGAUCUUGACAUCAUUGACGACUAUGCAUUGGACGAAAAACCCGCUGUGCCAGAGCCCUCGGCGGCUGCCAACGAUAAGAAACACGAAACACGAACAAUCUUCUUCAACCGUCGCCUCCCGAGCCUGAUGCUAGAUCCCCAAACGGGCCUAGCGGCCACAAACUACCCGAGGAACAAGACGCGAAGCGCCAAGUAUACGCCGCUUUCGUUUCUACCGAAAAUGCUCACCAAAUCGUUUACUUCAGACAUUGCCAACUCGUAUUUUUUGUUUUUAAUUAUUUUGGGCGCUUUUCCCAUCUUCGGCGUCCCGAGCCCCGUGCUUGCUGCGGUGCCCUUGAUCGUGAUCCUCAUCAUUACAGCAUUCAAAGAGAUGAUUGAAGAUUCGAGACGAACCGCCCAGGAUAUCGAGGUGAACAAUCAGCCAACUCAUAUUCUAUCGCAGGUGAAAGAGGACUCAGACUUCCACUACGAGAACAACAACGUCAACGACGAAAAAGUGCUGCUCUGGCGAAGAUUUAAAAAACUCAAUUCUCGGCUUCUACUACGCUUUGUCCGGCUGUUCAUCCGAAAUUGCACUCGCAAGGGCAGGGCCCAGAAAAAGCGUGAAGAAAUGCAGCCAGCGGUCGAAAACAACAACAGAAAGUCAUUUGAUUCCAUGGCGGAAUAUAAUCCCAGGGCGUCUAUGGCUACCGCACGCACGGAUUUCAGAAAAUCCUUUGCUUCACGGCGUUCUUUCUACGGCAAAGAAAAGACCCUUGCCUUUUCUCGUAAAACAUGGAAAGAAGUGAGAGUUGGUGAUGUGAUCCGAGUCCACAACAACGAGGAAGUUCCCGCUGACGUUCUUAUUUUGUCAUCGAGCGAUUCAGACAACUGUUGUUUUGUAGAGACGAAAAAUCUCGAUGGAGAGACGAAUCUCAAGGUGAAACAAGCGAUGAAGUUCUCCUCACAGAACAAGAACCUCAAACGCGCUGAUGAUUUUAUGGAUCUCGACUUUGAGGUUGAAAGUGAGGGUCCUCAUCCCAAUUUAUACUCUUACCAAGGUUUCGUUUUGCACAGCACCAACGGAGAGGCACUGAAGGAGCCUGCAACUAUCAACAACUUGAUGCUUCGUGGUUGCACAUUGAGAAACACAAAGUGGGUGGUGGGCAUUGUACUUUUCACAGGACCCGACACCAAAAUCAUCUUGAAUACUGGUGAAACUCCUUACAAGAAGUCGAAGUUGUCACGAGAGCUCAACUACUACGUGUUGGUCAACUUUGGCGUGCUAUUUCUCAUUUGCUUUGUCUCUGGUCUUGCCAACGGAAUAUACUAUCGACAGGACAAUACAUCACGAACGUUUUUCGAGUACGGGACAAUAGCAGGCACUCCAGCUAAAAACGGUGUGGUGGGCUUCUUUGUAUGUGUCAUUUUGUACCAGGCAUUGGUGCCCAUCUCGUUGUACAUCACAAUUGAGAUCAUCAAAUCCAUGCAAGCUUUUUUCAUCUACAGCGACGUUGGUUUAUAUUAUGACAAGCUUGACUUCCCGUGUAACCCAAAGUCGUGGAGUAUUUCAGACGAUUUGGGUCAGAUUGAGUACGUUUUUAGUGACAAAACAGGGACCUUGACGCAGAACCUCAUGGAGUUCAGAAAGUGUACCAUUCGGGGUGUCUCUUACGGUAAUGCUUACACUGAAGCGUUGGCUGGAUUGAGAAAGCGUCAAGGCGUUGAUGUUGAGACAGAGAGUCGCGUUCAAAAAGAACUCAUUGCCAGAGAAAAAGAGGAGAUGCUUACAGAUCUUCGAAGCAUAAGCAAAAAUAUUUACGACGAUGAGUUGAGCUUAGUCUCCAAGCAAUUUGUUGCUGAUCUCAAGGGAAAUUCAGGACCAGAGCAGAAGAGUGCUACCGAGGAGUUUAUGCUCACUUUGGCGCUAUGCCACUCUGUAGUGGUCGAAGAAGACCCCAAAAAUCCAACCAAGAAAUUGCUCAAAGCGCAGUCUCCAGAUGAAGCUGCUUUGGUGGGCACAGCAAGAGCUUUGGGCUACUGUUUCAUGAACAAAACAAAAACAGGAUACGAAUUACUGGUGCAAGGCGCAGAUAAGGAAUAUCAAGUUUUGAACACGCUUGAGUUCAACUCCACAAGAAAGAGAAUGAGCGCCAUCAUCAGGAUGCCGCCAGACACAGAAGGCGCCGAGCCAAAAAUUGUGCUUCUUUGUAAAGGAGCCGACUCCAUAAUUUACUCCAGGUUAUCGAAGUCGAAGAAUACUCCCGAAAUGCUUGCAAAAACAUCCAAACAUUUGGAGGAAUAUGCCACUGAGGGACUUCGUACUCUUUGCAUUGCCAAAAGAGAAUUGACACCCAGUCAAUACAAGGAAUGGAACAAGAGACAUUUGGAGGCGUCCGCUUCGCUUGAAAAUAGAGAAGAGAAGAUGGAGGCCGUGGCCGAUCUGAUAGAGAGAGAAUUGGUACUUUUGGGAGGAACAGCCAUCGAAGAUCGUCUUCAAGACGGAGUGCCCGAGUCGAUCUCCAUGCUUUCUGAAGCCGGAAUUAAGCUUUGGGUUCUCACAGGCGAUAAAGUUGAGACAGCGAUCAACAUUGGGUUCUCGUGCAAUUUGCUUGGGAACGACAUGGAGCUUCUUGUGCUCAAGACGGACUUGACCGAGGAAGAGAAAAAGCGCCAUGGGGUGAUUCCUGGAGACGACGACAAUACGAUCAUUGGCCGGUUGGUGACAAACUAUCUUCAAAACUUCCAAAUGUGUGGUUCUGAGGAAGAGCUCGAAGCAGCAAAAAAUGACCAUUCCACACCCAAUGGACGUUAUGGUGUGGUUAUCGACGGUGAUGCGCUCAAGUUAGCUCUUUCCGACGAAGACACUCGCCGCAAGUUCCUUCUUUUGUGUAAACAGUGUCGUGCUGUUUUGUGCUGCCGAGUCUCGCCUUCCCAGAAAGCUGCUGUGGUGCUUAUGGUCAAGGACACUCUCAAAGUCAUGACCUUAGCGAUUGGCGAUGGAUCUAACGACGUGGCGAUGAUUCAAGCUGCCGACGUCGGAGUGGGAAUUGCAGGCGAAGAAGGGCGCCAGGCAGCGAUGCUGUCGGAUUAUGCCUUGGGCCAGUUCCGUUUUUUAACUCGUCUUUUGCUCACCCACGGAAGAUGGGCGUACCGCCGAAUGGGCGAGAUGAUCCCAUGCUUUUUCUACAAAAACAUCAACUACACGUUUGCCUUGUUCUGGUACAGUAUUUUCAACGAUUUCGACGGAUCGUACUUGUUUGAUUUCACGUACUUGACCUUCUGCAACUUGGCGUUCACCUCCUUACCUGUUAUUGUGUUGGCUGUCUUCGACCAGGACGUGAGUCCCACGGUGUCAAUGAUCGUGCCUCAAUUAUACCGUGUUGGGAUCAUGCAAUCUGAAUUCAACCAGUGGAAAGUGUGGAUUUACAUGCUCGAUGGGUUCUACCAGUCAGUUGUGUCGUUUUUUUUCCCCUGGCUACUUUACUUCAAAACCUUCACUUCGAUGAACGGCUUGGGAAGUGACCAUCGCUUUUACGUUGGAGUUGUUGUUACUUGCAUAUCGUGUAUUGCCGCCAACACCUAUGUGUGGUUGCAGCAGUACCGGUGGGACUGGGUCUCGUUUAUAUGCAACAUUUUUGGAGGCGUCAUAAUCUUUGCCUGGACAGGCAUCUACACAUGCUUUGUGGCGUCCCAGGAAUUCUACAAAGCUGCAGCAGUUGUAUUUGGAAUGGGCUCUUUCUGGGCAUGCACCUUUAUUGGCAUCAUCGUGUGUCUCUUACCUCGUUUCUGCUACGACUCGAUCAUGCGGUUGUAUUAUCCAAAAGACAGUGACAUUGUACGUGAAUGUGUUAAAAGAGGCGACUACUCCAUGUAUCCCAGAGAUUAUGACCCCACGGACCCGAAUCGCAUUCGCAUUGACACUAAAGCCGAGCUGGACCUGACAUUAAUCGAAGAAAAACCGAAAAACCCCAUGCAAAGACGCUCAGUGGUGGAUAUGGUGCGUCGGCUGAUGAUAGGAAAGUCCAUGUUCUACAAUGACAGCAGCGAGAUCAUCGAGACGUAUAAACUUGAGAACGUGAGCUCAGCAGCGCUCAUCAACGAGGAGCGGUCGUCUGUGAUUCUGCGGCAGCCUACCAACGUCCGUGCGUCGCUCGAGUUGCACGAAUUGACUACUGUGGAGUCGUUGAAGGAAGUUGUGGGAAGAAGAUUUGGCAUUGACCGAGAGAGCUAG